CCUGGCGCGCCAGCUGACAGGGCUGAUAGCAGACAGGGUGACAGCUGACUCGCCUUGCGCCUCCUCCCACCUGCCGGGCUCAGGGCUGAUGGUUCCCGGCUUGGCGAAGUGACCCUCGCAGCAACAGCUCUCUCCAUCGGUCGCCGGUUUCAGGGCGCCUCGCGGACCAUGUUUUCCAACCCGCUGAGGUGGGGCUCCCAGAGCUCCUACCACCAGGUGGCCGGGGGACUGGAUGCGCAGAAAUGCAGUCCAGAGAAAAGUGCUUCACUCUUCAGUAAGGUGACAUAUUCCUGGUUCAGCAGAAUAAUUAUCUUAGGCUAUAAAAAACCUUUGGAAAGAGAAGAUCUUUUUGAACUAAACGAAAGUGAUUCCUCUUAUAUUGUGUGUCCCAUCUUUGAAAAACAAUGGAGGAAGGAAGUUUUAAGGCAUCAAGAAAGACAAAAAGCACAGGUGUCUAUUCAUAAAGAGUCGCAUGCCGGGAAACCGUCUCUACUUUAUGCACUGUGGAACACAUUUAAGUCUGUCUUGAUUCAAGUUGCUUUAUUCAAAGUGUUUGCUGAUAUUUUGGCCUUCAUCAGCCCACUCAUAAUGAAGCAAAUGAUCAUUUUCUGUGAACACACUUCAGAUUUUGGCUGGAGUGGCUAUGGCUAUGCGGUGGCACUUUUUGCUGUCGUCUUUUUGCAAACCCUGGUUCUUCAGCAAUAUCAGCGUUUCAACAUGCUCACCUCUGCCAAAAUCAAAACAGCUGUAAUUGGAUUGAUCUACAAAAAGGCUCUCCUGUUAUCAAAUGUUUCUAGAAAACAAAAUUCUACUGGGGAAAUUAUUAACUUAAUGUCAGCAGAUGCCCAGCAGCUCAUGGAUUUGACAGCAAACCUCAAUCUCCUUUGGUCAGCUCCAUUUCAAAUCCUGAUGGCCAUAUCACUCCUCUGGCAGGAGCUGGGUCCUGCAGUAUUAGCAGGCAUGGCAGUCCUGGUGCUUGUCAUACCAAUAAAUGCUUUAGUGGCAAUUAGAGUGAAAAAGCUGAAGAAAAGCCAAACGAAGAACAAAGAUAAACAAAUAAAACUACUCAAAGAAAUCUUACAUGGAAUUAAGAUUCUGAAACUUUAUGCGUGGGAACCUGCCUAUAAAGAUAAGAUUAUCAAAAUUAGAGAUCAGGAAUUGGAGUUUCAAAAAUCAACUAGGUAUCUUGCUGUAUUUUCUAUGCUGACAUUAACUUGUGUUCCAUUCUUGGUGUCUCUGGCUACUUUUGGCAUCUAUUUCUUACUGGAUGAAGAAAAUAUUUUAACAGCCACUAAAGUGUUCACAUCUAUAUCGUUGUUUAAUAUUUUGAGGAUUCCUCUGUUUGAUUUACCAGUAAUAAUCUCAGCUGUGGUCCAGACAAGGAUAUCACUGGGCCGUUUGGAAGACUUUCUCAACUCUGAGGAGAUUCUUCCUCAGAAUAUCGAAACAAACUAUGCAGGAGAUUAUGCCGUUGGAUUCACAAAUGCUUCUUUUUCCUGGGAGAAAGCAGGGAUUCCAGUACUAAAAGACUUGAACGUAAAGAUUCCAGAGGGAGCUUUAGUGGCUGUGGUUGGGCAAGUUGGCUCUGGAAAGUCAUCUGUGCUGUCUGCCAUUCUAGGGGAAAUGGAGAAGCUCACAGGAGUAGUCCAAAAAAAGGGCUCUGUGGCUUAUGUUUCCCAGCAGGCCUGGAUUCAGAAUUGCACUUUGCAAGAAAACAUUCUCUUUGGCUCCACCAUGCAGAAGCAGUUUUAUGAGCAAAUUUUGGAAGCCUGUGCUCUCGUUCCUGAUUUGGAGCAGUUACCAAAUGGAGAUCAAACUGAGAUUGGAGAAAGAGGAGUGAACAUAAGUGGUGGCCAGAAGCACCGAGUCAGUCUGGCCAGAGCUGUCUACAGCGGGGCCGACAUCUACCUCUUGGACGAUCCCUUGUCUGCUGUUGAUGUCCAUGUUGGAAAGCAGCUUUUUGAAAACGUGAUAGGAUCCUCAGGUCUUUUGAAAAACAAGACUCGUAUUUUAGUGACACACAACCUCACACUUUUGCCACACGUGGAUCUUAUUGUUGUCAUGGAAAAUGGCCGAGUUGCCCAUAUGGGGACACACCAAGAGCUGGUGUCUAAAAGCAAAAACCUCACUAAUUUCCUUCAGGUCUUCAGUGACAAAGAGGAUGCACAUGCAUCAAAGCGAAUCAAUGUAAUCGACUCCAAAACUAUACUGGAAGAUCAAAUUCUGGAGCAAAAAGAUAGGCCAUCAUUGGAUCACAGAAAACAGUUUUCAAUGAAAAAGGAAAAGAUUCCUGUUGGUGGGGUGAAGUUUUCAAUCAUUGUGAAGUACCUCCAGGCCUUUGGCUGGCUUUGGGUGGGGCUGAUUGUGGCCACUUACUUAGGGCAGAAUUUGAUGAGCAUUUGUCAAAAUCUGUGGCUUAGUGCCUGGACAAAGGAAGCAAAACACAUGACUGAGUUUACAGAAUGGAAGCAGAUCAGAAGCAAUAAACUUAGUAUCUAUGGAUUAUUGGGACUAAUACAAGGUCUCUUCGUCUGCUCUGGAGCCUAUGUUCUCAGCAGAGGAUCCCUGGCUGCCUCACGAACAGUGUACACUCAGCUGUUGAAUGAUGUACUACAUCUCCCCCUCCAGUUUUUUGAAACCAACCCCAUAGGCCAGAUCAUCAGUCGAUUCACCAAGGAUAUGUUUGUAGUUGAUAUGCGUUUCCAUUACUACUUACGGACCUGGUUGAACUGUACACUGGAUGUUAUUGGAACAGUUUUGGUCAUUGUGGGAGCUUUACCACUCUUCAUACUGGCUGUUAUUCCCUUAAUUAUCUUCUAUUUCACCAUUCAAAGAUACUAUGUGGCAAGCUCACGACAGAUUCGACGAUUGGCAGGAGCGUCUCGCUCUCCUAUUAUUUCCCACUUUGGAGAGACCUUGUCAGGGGUGUCUACUAUCAGAGCAUUUGGACACGAACAGAGGUUCAUCCAGCAAAACAAAGAGGUGGUGAAUGAGAACUUGGUCUGUUUCUACAAUAACGUAAUUGCAAACAGGUGGCUGUCUGUUAGGCUUGAAUUUCUUGGCAACCUGAUGGUGUUCUUUGCUGCAUUGCUUGCUAUGCUGGCUGGCAAUUCCAUAGAUUCAGCAAUAGUUGGUUUGUCUAUAUCCUAUGCCCUAAAUAUUACUCACUCUCUGAACUUUUGGGUAAGGAAGGCAUGUGAAAUUGAGACCAAUGCUGUCUCCAUUGAAAGAAUUUGUGAAUAUGAAAAUAUAGAGAAAGAGGCACCAUGGAUAAUGCCUAGAAGGCCUCCAUCACAAUGGCCCAGUAAAGGAAUAGUGGAAUUUGUGAAUUAUCAGGCCCGGUAUCGAGACGAUCUUGGCUUAGUAUUACAAGAUAUCACUUUCCAGACUCAUGGGGAAGAGAAGAUUGGAAUUGUGGGAAGGACUGGAGCAGGCAAGUCAACACUGUCGAACUGCUUAUUUAGAAUUGUGGAGGGGUCAGGAGGCAAAAUUAUUAUUGAUGGUAUUGACAUAUCCACUAUUGGACUCCAUGAUCUUCGUGGCAAACUUAACAUCAUCCCACAGGAUCCUAUUUUGUUUUCUGGAACCCUGCAGAUGAACCUGGAUCCCCUCGACAAGUAUUCGGAUAGUGAGCUGUGGGAAGUGCUGGAACUGUGCCACUUAAAGGAGUUUGUGCAGUCCCUUCCUGGGAGGCUGCUUCAUGAGAUUUCCGAGGGCGGUGAAAACCUCAGCGUUGGGCAACGGCAGCUCGUCUGUCUGGCCCGUGCUUUGCUUCGUAAAACAAAAAUUCUCGUCUUGGAUGAAGCAACAGCCUCCGUGGACUUGGAGACUGAUCACGUGGUGCAGACCACGCUCAGGAAGGAGUUUUCCGACUGCACCGUCCUGACCAUCGCUCACAGACUCCGCUCCAUCAUUGGUUGCGACAGGGUCCUUGUUCUUGAUUCUGGAAGGAUUAUAGAAUUUGAAACACCACAGAAUUUGAUACGUCAGAAAGGACUUUUCUUUGCAAUGACAACAAAAGCUGGACUAACACAGGACUCAGAGACAAAAAAUAAAUUUCUUUAACUUUAUGUUGAUUAUACACUCAAAAAAUACCUAAGUACAUUAACAUUUAAAAAAUAAUGAUAGCAGAGAAAUUCAUGAAAGCAGACCCCUGGCUACUGGUUGGCCCACAUAACAAUGACCCCUCUGGUUUCUAACCUUCCUGGGUUGUACCCAGAUUUCUCUCGUCCAUUCAUGCCUGCCUUCUGCACAUGGCCCAACUUAACCUUUAAAUCCAUAAUAUCAUUCACAAGUCACCUCUUCAAUCAAAUGUCCCCAGACUCCUACCCACCUCACUCCACCCUCAUCUCCUGUGAGCUUCCUAACCCCAUACACUUAUAUUUAUCAUGGCAGGACCAUGUUUUAAUACUUUGAGUCUAUUUCCUCCCCACUCCCAUCCCCUUGAAGGCUAGUGUCCACUUUUAAUUGUCUUUGUAUAUGAGGCUCCUAGCACAGCACCCCUCAUACUGUGGAUACCGAACUCAUGUUUACAAAAUAAUGACUAGGCAUUUUAGAGUAAUAUGAUGUAAACACCAAUAUUCAUACAUGGUAUGUGUUGAGUUACUGUGCAGUUUAUGAAUUGAUGCAGGAAAACGAGAAAGAAUAAGUUAUUCAGCUGCUUUUUCAAAAAGGAAUCUCUAUAUUAAGAUCUAUUUUAUUUUAGAAUGUUUUAUAAUAUUUUUACUGUUUGAGUAAGAAAACACAAAUAUUUUCUAUAGAAUGUCGUUUGGCUGGAUGGACCUCAGUGAGCUGUGUGUUAUAGGUAAUAUAUUCAUGAGAACAUUGUUGAUUGGUAGUACUCUCUGAUCUUAAAGGGCUUUUUCAUCUCGCAGUUUUAUGUAAUAAAAGCAACACAUGUCUGAAUAGCCCUUCAAAUUUAAAGUGCUCAAAUUUCAGAUAUUUUCCUUUCAAAAGGAUUUUCAUAAAGGAUUUUAACAUGUUCUUGAAGGCUCAUCAACCAUUUCUUUCAUUCUCCUUUUCUCCUUUGUGUGCAAUCUUACUAUAUUACCUAAAAGUGUUUUUCGAAAAUUAGUAUCCACAGGGGAUUGGUUCCAAGAACUCUGUGAAUACCCACAUUUAUGGUUGUUCAAGUCCCUUAUAUAAAUGUUGUAGUAAGUAUAUAUAUCACAUAUGCACAUCUUCCUGUAUGCUUUAAAUCAUCUCUUGAUUAAAUGUUAUAUAACAGUUGUUGUACACUGUUAUUUAGGGAAUACUGAUGAGAAAAGAUGAGUGUGUACAUGUUCAGUACAUAGUUUUUUGUUUGUUUGUUUGUUUUUUUAGAAUAUUCUCCAUCUGUGUUUGGUUGAAUCCAAAGAUAUAGAACCUGCAGAUACCAAAGGCUAUUAUCUAAAGUCUUUUCCUGUUAGAAUGUAAGAUAACUUGAAGUGUUGUCCUGUUUUUGUAAACCCUAUCACUAAAUAAAUAUCUGUGAAAUUGCAUUAUAAGGGGGGUAUAGAGAUAUUUAAUUGAUAUGAAUUAAAAGGUGUUUUCUCUAUAUCUACAGUUUUAGUAAAUUAGAGACUCUUUGUAAAUUUAAAAUCUAAUGGGAAAUCAGCAAUAGCCUGGAAAAAAAGUACUUUUUCCCACACAGUGGAACUUGAUACUACUAUGAAUAUAAAUGUAUAAAAGCUGCAAACAUGAUGACGCAUACAAUAUUGACAGGAGCUACCCACAAAGGAAUAUUGUUAACUGGUUCCAUGUUUCCAUUUACAUAAAAGUUAAAAUAAAAAGGAAAUGCUUAUCUAAAUUAGCAGGAGUAGGGAUACCAGUUAUCCUUGGUGGGUAGGGGUGAUGACAAGCACAGGGUGGGCUUCUGGCGUAAUGGGUGUUUUGUUUCUUUUCCUGAGUGUAAGCAUCAGUAGAAUCUGAAAAAUCAUACAGCUUUGCAUUUAGAAUCGGUAUAGUUUCCUGUGCAUGCACCAUAAACAUAUAUAUUAGCUUUAUAAUUACUUCUUAUCAUAUACAACAUAUGUAGGGAAAGAAAGUAAAAGUUUUUUAAAAAGGAAAAAAUGACUAACAGCAAGGGACAGGCAUUUGGCCUAUUGGUAAGGAUGCCUGCUUCCAUUUUGAAUUUGGGUUUAACUUCCCACUCUGGCUCCCAAAUCCAGCUUCCUGCAAAUAUGGAGCACAGUUCAAGUAAUAACUUGGAUCCCUAUUCACCCUACUAGGAGAACUAGAUUGAGUUCCUGGCUCAUAGCAUUGGUUUUCUUGGCCAAUGUGGUCAUUAGGGAGUGAGCCAACAAAUGUUAGCUCUGUCUCUCUGUCUCUGACUCUCAAAUUAAAAAAAAAUAAAAUAAAAACUUAAGGAAAG